AUGACAUCCAUCUCAGCCGAGUCUGUCUCGACCAUUCUAGUGUCGUGCAAGCAGACACGCUUCCACAUCGAGAGUCCGAACUAUCGCGAGGUAGCCCUCUUGCGGGCCAUUGCCGACAAGCUCAUCCCCGGCAUCCCGGAGGAGACGAGAGUGUCCAUCCUUCAACAGACAAGCAUCAGCGAUGCCAGCGCGGAAGACCUUCUCCCCCCCGAGGCGCAGCGCAGCAGCAAGGAGGGGCUCACUGUCCUCGAGGAUGUGAUCAACAAGGCUACGUCCAGAAGCGAGCUGGAGCAGGAAAUCAGCUUACUUUCAGCCGGAGUAAAUAGUGCGGACGCCUAUGGUGCGCUUCGGGCGUUGCGCAAACUCCGUCACCAGCGCAUGCAGAAGCGCCUCUUUGUCCUGGACAAGGACGCGAGACUCAGGAGCGGUGCAAGGGGUCUGCAGGCACGAAAGGCGCUGGUCGAGCACGAGAAAGCGGUUGCUCAGUCCGCUGCGCUAAACGAGCAGCCCGCAGACGAGAUCUCGGCCGAGACUCUGCAGGCCGAAACCCAAGAGGCGGUCGAUAUGCUAGCCGACCUCCAACUCCAAGUCGGGCCGUCUCGGAUGGCCGGCAUCGAGUCGCGCGCCAAAAAGAUUCUGAGCGGCCUCGGCUUCACCGACGCCUACAUGGCCAAACAGGCGGACAGCCUCUCGGGAGGCUGGCGCAUGCGCAGCGCCCUGGCGACGGCGCUGCUCCAGGAAAGCGACAUCCUCAUCCUCGACGAGCCCACCAACUUUUUGGACCUCCUAGGUAUUAUCUGGCUGCAGCGCUUCCUCCAGAGCCUCGAAGACCUGCCCACGCCGCCGACCCUCAUCCUCGUCUCGCACGACCGCGACUUCACCAGCUCCGUCUGCACCGACCUGCUCAUCCUCAAGGACAAGAACCUGACCUACUUCCACGGCGAUCUGCCGACCUACGAGGCCGCCCAAGCCGAGAAGAAGCAGUACCUCACCAGGAUGAAAGAAGCCCAGGACAAGCAGAGAGCCCACAUGCAAGAGUCGCGCGGCGUGUCCAUCAUUCUGCCGGACCCGCCCGACCUGCGCUUCCCGGGCGCUCUGCUCUCCCUCGAGAAGGUCACCUUCCGCUACCCGCCCGCCAAAGGGGGAGGAGGAGCCACGACCACCACCAGCGCCGCCAACCCGGCUCCCCCGACCCUCCAGGACGUGACCCUCGCGGUCGGCGAGGGCGACCGGGUCGGCAUCCUGGGCCUCAACGGGGCGGGCAAGUCGACGCUGAUCCGCGUCCUGGUCGGCGACCCGGCGCCGGCGGGGGCGCGGCAGACGGGCGCCGUGACGACGCACCCGCGCCUGCGCAUGUCGUACUACUCGCAGCACGCGGUCGAGGGCUUGCAGUCGCUCGGCCGGGCCGAGCCGUCGCUGACGGCGCUGGCGCUGCUGGCGCGGGAGGCCGGCGGCGCGCUGGACGAGGGCGAGCUGCGCGGCCUGCUGGGGUCGCUGGGCCUGCCCGGCCGGACCGCCUCGGACGUGCCCCUGCGCAAGCUGUCCGGCGGGCAGCUGGUCCGCUGCGAGCUAACGCGCCUGCUGUGGUCCCGGCCGGGCCUGCUGGUGCUCGACGAGGUGACGACCCACCUGGACUACGAGACGGUCGCGGCGCUGAGGGCGGCGCUGCGGGGGUGGAAGGGAGCCGUGGUGCUCGUCUCGCACGAUCGGUGGUUCAUGAGGGGCGUGGUGGAGGGAGCGGUGGAUGACGAGGAGAGGAGGAGUGAUGCGGAGAAGGAGCAGGACGGCGACGGCGACGACGACGAAGACGAAGGGGGGAAUUUGAGGAGACGGGUAGUGUACAAGCUGGCGGCGGGUAAGCUGACUGUGUUGGAGAGGGGAGUGGACGAGUUUGAGGAGGGGAUGGAGAGGCGGGUGAAGAAGUUGAUGGGCGGUGGCUAAGUUUCGAUCUCGGUUGAGGGGGAGGGAGCCUCAAGAUUGACGUAGGAAGGACCCUGGAUGUGUACGUCUGUGGUAUGUAUAUAGUACUAGUAGUACAUACAAACAAAGUACGUACAGUCACUC